AUGCUCGAGUCGACCGAAUCUAUCGACUACUCUGCAGACAGCGCCAAAGAUCUGAAGCCUCCUCACUCUUAUGCUCAGCUGAUUGGUAUGGCUAUUCUGUCCACUGGCGAACAGCAGAUGACGCUUAACAAUAUCUACAAAUGGAUCAUGGCCAACUACGCCUUCUACCGUUAUAGCACUAGCGGCUGGCAGAACUCGAUUCGCCACAACCUCAGUCUCAACAAGGCCUUCGAGAAGAUCGCCCGUCGUACCGAUGAGCCUGGCAAGGGUAUGAAGUGGAUGAUUUCGCCUAAGGAACGUGACACCUUC